AUGGAGCUGGAGCGGCUUCAGAAGGAGCUGGUCAAGAUGCAGCUUUGGGUCAAGGCCAAGAAGCUCAAGGUGCUGGUGAUAUUUGAGGGUCGCGACGCUGCAGGCAAGGGCGGGGUCAUCAAGCGCAUCACGGAGCCGCUCAACCACAGGGGGCUGAGGGUGGCGGCGCUGGCGGCGCCGACGGAUCAGGAAAGGAGCCAGUGGUAUUUCCAGCGCUACGUCCAGCACCUGCCGUCUGGCGGCGAGAUCGUGCUGUUUGACCGCGUGGAGCGCGUCAUGGGCUUCUGCAGCGAGGACCAGGUGGAGGAGUUCUUCAGGACCUGUCCCGAGUUUGAGCGCAUGCUGCGCCGCUCUGGCAUCAUACUGGUCAAAUACUGGUUCAGUGUGAGUGAUGUGGAGCAGGAGAAGCGCUUCCAGGACAGAAUUGACGACCCAGCCAAGCGGUGGAAGCUCAGCGAAUUCGACCUGUCAGCACGCUCCAAGUGGGUGGAGUAUGCCAGGGCUAAGGAUGACAUGUUCAGGCACUGCGACACCAAGGCGAGCCCGUGGUGGGUGGUGCCCUCAGAUGACAAGAAGGCCGCCCACCUCAACUGCAUUACGCACCUGCUCAGCUUGGUGCCAUAUGAGGAGUCGCCGUCCGAGCCUAUUACCCUGCCGCCGCGGCAAAAGGACGACAGCUACGUGCGCCCGCCCCAGGAGGAGCAGACUUUCGUCCCGCAGGUGUUCAAGCCCAAGGAGAAGAAAGGCGGCAAGGAGGGCAAGAAGUAG